AGGUGCUCCUGGGGGGGCCAUGUCACUUGAUUCCUACUAGUCCGUAUGUCAUCGGCGAUGUCCGGUGUCUCUGGCUCUUUCCUCUGGGGCAGUUUGCGUCUCGGUGAAGGCUCUCUCUUCCUGUCCCCGUUGGGGGUUGAAGCAUGGCCGCAGCAGGUCUCGGCAGAAGGUAGUCUGAGGGAGACCAGCCACCAGCGGGCAGAGCUGCCCUUGGUCUCCUGUUCUCGGGGACCCACCUGCGGUGCCCCAGAGGAACUCUUCCUAAGAACAUGUGCCCAUCUUCUACGGGGCAAGGGCGUAUCAGCCAGAGACAGUGCCGGAGCGAAUGGGGUGCUGCGGGGUGUGGGGGCUGCUGCCCAGCCUCCAGCUCAGCCCCCUGCAGCUGCAGGGCAGAGUUUGGGGCAACGCAGGGAGGGGGCAGUGGAAGGCAGAGUCGAGCCGAGUGGAAGGUCAGUACUUCAGGAAACUACUGCCCCCAUUUCCCAAGUGACCAUCUGGAUAACGGCCCCCAACUCUGACCACGUGAACCCCACGUGGGGGAAGCGUGCUGCAGCCUCUCCAUUUUGUGCGGGUGCGUGGACGGCACCUACCCCUGGCAGCAGAGGAGUCUUCCUGCUCCUGCCUCCUCGGGAGGGUACACAGGAAGGCGCAAAUGACACUGAUGACCAAGAGACCCCCCCCCCGGCAGGGCUGGGACCACAUACCUCUCAGAGUGAAGGGGUGUCCUCGCCCUGCUUUCAGAGCCCCUGCCGCACACACAGCGCCGGACGCGCCAGCCCCCAUUGCCAGGUCUGUGUGGCAGGCUGUCCCUCCCAGCGUCGCCCGAGCACCCGCCCCCAGCUCACCCACCUCACGGCACACAGGGUGUGUUACUCCACUGUGAGGUGUCCCAGAUUCACGGGAGGAUGUGCUCCCCCACACGCCCCUGCUUCCCUCCAGCUUCUCCUGAGCUGGCGGCAGAGCACAAAGGCGGUGAUCACAGCCUUGGGGUCAGCGUGCAGCCUGAGCAGUCCGGCUGUGCGGAGAGUGGCCCAGCCCAGCUCCCUGAGGCCCCAGCCAUCCCAGACUGGUGAAGCUGGUCACCCCCGCGUGGCUGGAGCCCCCACUGGCUCCCCGCCGCCUGUCAGGCCGUGCGCCCUCAUGGCCUCCGGGAACAGCCUUCACGGCUGCGUAGCCGCCCCGGGCGGGCGCGUCCUCUCCCAGGUUACCAGGGUCUCCAUCUGCUUCAUCUUGGCGCUGGGGCUGCCGCUCAACGGCCUCGGGCUCUGGGUGUUCUGCUGCCGCCUGCGCAGGUGGACGGAGACCCGCAUCUACAUGGUAAACCUGGUGGCGGCCGACUUCCUGCUGCUGCUGAGCCUGCCCGGAGUCCUGCACACGCUGGGCCAGGAGCAGGGGGACCAGGAGGGCCCUCUGUGCACGGUUCUGCAGAGCUUCUACUAUGUCAACACCUACAUGAGCAUGUGCCUCAUCACGGCCGUCGCUGUUGACCGCUACACCGCCCUGUGCUUUCCCCUGCGGGUCCGGGCCUGGCGUAGCCCCCGCCAGGCCGCCUUCACCUGCCUGGCCCUCUGGCUGCUGGUCUUUGGGGCUGUGGCCCUGGUAGCGUCCUUGCUGCCUGCAGACGAGAACUUCUGCUUCGGGCAGGGACAUAACCGGGCCAUCAAGACCCUUGUCUUCUCCCUGCUGUUCUUCUUCCUCUCACUGCUCAUCCUCAGCUUCUGCUCGGGGCAGGUGCUCUGGCACCUGCUCCGCAAACACACGCGGGCACCGCCCGAGGAGGCCGGCCGCAUCCUCAAAGCCCUCCGGGUAGUGGCCACCAACCUGGCCACCUUUGUGCUCUGUUUCCUCCCACUGCACGUGGCCUUGAUGGCCAAGCUUGUGGCCAACUGGACAAGUGCAGCCUGCCCCACCGUCCAGAGCAUCACUGACUUCGUGCAGGUGGCCGCCCGCAUGGCCAACGCCAACUGCUGCCUGGAUGCCAUCAGCUACUAUUUUGUGGCCACAGAAUUCCAGGAAGAGGUGGGGGCCAUCCUCAGAAUGCCCUGGCCUUUCCAGGGAUGGAUGCGGGGCGCUCCUGCAGGUGACCACCCGGACCUGGCCGUCCGCGGGGGGGCGGGGGGCAGCUGAGGAGAGCAAUGCAGGAGGGGCCCCACACACGGCCCUGCAGCCGGCAGCUCAGGGCCCCCCGGACCCCCCACAAGGCAACUCUUUCCCCUCCUCCAUGGCAUCCAGAAGAAGUAGCCUCCCUGCUCACAGUGUGACUUUGGAUUUAUGAGUCCUGGAGAUGGGGCUAUUGCUCAGCAAGGAGAAUUUAAGCAAUGAAUUAAAGGAUCACCACCAGAUCUUUCUUCUCCCAGCUCUUGCGGCUUAGCCCCUUGGGCUGCUUCCUUCGCAGUGUGCGCCCCCUUCCCCAACCCCAGCCCUCAAGCUCCAGGAUGCAGGGUGACCCUGACCUAUGCCAGGCUGACCUCCAACCUCUAUGCUCCACCCCUGCAGGUGCUCAGGAAGGGAAGGACCCUCUGGGUACCCAGGUAGCACUCCUUGGCAAGUACUGAGGAGGGUGUUAAAAAAACCACAUUUUUCUGUGUCACCUAUAGAUUAUGAUUAGACACCAAAAUCUAUCAAAGUUCCAAGGUCUCUCUUCAGGCCUGUAACACCACUGCAGAUAGAAUCCCCUAGAUCCCAGGGCUGAGGGACGCCAGGCUCUAAGUGAAGGAAUGUUUACAGAGACACAGCAGCUAAUUAAGUUUAAAGACAUUCCUUUGUAAAAAAAUGUUCAGUUGUGUUCCUGAAGAGCAUCAAAGAGGUCCAGUCCUUACCUUUGGGGUGCUCCUUGGGGCCCCUUGUCCCUCCACACACUUCAUACCUCUCAGCACCACUGGCAGCCCCCAUCUUCCCACUCUGGGCCAGGCCCGUGGACACCCGCAGGCUGAGCUGAGGGGCCUGAUGGCUCCUCUGUUAGCGGGGGACAGGGGGGGCUCUCCCCACAACACUGUGGCCGUCAGGAUGUGUCCACCGGGCUGGGGCCCGAGGGUAUAGCUGGGAAUGGAGUUUCAGGAUCAGCACAAACACCUCCACUGAGAAGCGGAGGCAGGAGACAACCCUGAGGGGCUCAUGCUGGAGACUGGGGUCCCCAGACGGGGCCUGAGGAAGCAGAAGGAGGUGCUCCCAAGAGCCUCAGGUGACUAGAGGGAGAAUGGGAGACUCAGACCCCUGUCCCCUUCCCCCCCACCCUGCUCCUCUCCUCUCUCCCUCUCCCACCCACCCCUGCCACCUGCCCCAGCCUCCUCAGAGCCGUCUGCCUGGCGGGGCAGUCUGUGGGCCCUCCUGGGCAUGCCCCCCGCCACACAGACAGAAUGAGAGCAGCUGGCCUCCGGGCUGCGCCCCUGGCUGGACCCGUUACCCGCAGCGCCACCAGCUUCCAGGUGAUGGAGAUGCACGUCCUGACUGAGACAAAGCAGCAGGGCCCUGGACCUGCAAAGUGGUCAGUCCCAUUCUGCGAGUGCACCAAUGCCCUGGCCUUCUGCUGCCUGCAGACCCAGGCUCACGGGGCCUCCCCGGCCUCCCUGACCUCUGGCGGAGGCUCACCCUCCCCCCGCCCACGCUCCCCCACACCGGCAACACACACUUGCUCUGGUCAAGGACAGCUAGUCGGCGGGCCGCCGAGAGGCCGUCCGCGUGGCCAAGGCUGAUGGUGGCAUCACUGCCCGUGGCCCCCGCUCCAGCAGCUGUCCUGUGUAGAGCUUCUUGCGGUGCCAGGAGUGCAGCCAAAGUCACUGGCCCCUCCGUCCUCUUGGGGCUGCCAGCUGGCUGACAGGGGGGAGUCAGGCCUGGGCCGCAUCGCCCCCUCCCCACACACAGAAAUCGCAGGGCAUAAAGUCCACCCUACCCGGUCUGACCCUGACCACCAGUGCAUGGGGAAGGGGCUCCUGAAAGGGGGUCCCACUGCUCUCCUGAUGGGCUGGGGGGGAGGCUCCCUCUCUGCAGACUGGCCUGUGGUGCCUCGGCAGAGAACCCUGAGCGGGAGCGACCCAUGGAGGCCCAAUCCUCCAUCUCCGCCUGUCCAAGCCCCCUCAGGGCAGCGGUGCAGUUUGGCUCAGGGAGGCAGCCACCCACUGUGAGCCCACUGGUGCAGCCACCCUCCCCAGCCGGUGCUGCCCUUCACCCAGGGAGCCCAAGUCCCGCUCUGGGGAGAUGCGUGUGGUGGUCCAGGGAGAUGGGGCUCUUGCUCCUUGGGGCUCCGGCUGUUGGCAAAACACGUGGGAGGCACAUCACCCACUUCUCCACCUCCCCCGUUAGGGUCCCUUCCCCCCAGGAGCAGCCCCCUGGAGUCUAGCUUGCAGGGCUGAUCCCUUUGAGACCCAGGCCCUCCCAGCCUGGAGGUAGUGUUGGGGCAUAGCAGGCUGGGGGGCCACCAUGGGGGACAGGGAACUUGCCAGAGUCUCCUGAACACCUUGAGCGUUGCUUUUCAGCUUGAGGCAGAAGGGACUGCAGUGCUGACCUAUCCACCAACAAGGUACCCGCCGUGGCGUCUUUACGCUUCAUUCAGCAGAGCUCCGCCCUGCUCCACAAGCCUUCACGGGCGCGACCGCAGGGGCGGGGCCAAGCAGCCAGGGCCCCGCCCCAUGCCCCGCCCCCGCGCCCCGGGCCCCGCCCGCGCCAAACGCCACGCCCCUCCCUCCUUCCUCGCUGGUGGGUUGACCCGGGUCGCAACGUGACACGUCCCCCCUUAACGGUUGCGCAUCCGGUGGGGCUGGGGUUGGCUGGUCCAAUCCCUUGCUCUUCCCGAAAGAGAACGAGGGGGCGGCCCUUAACCCUGGGCGCCGGGGGCCGAAGGUUCAGGUGCUGUCUUCCCAGAUUGGGGAGACCCGCCCCCCUCCCCGACUUGCCCUUCCCGUCUCAGCUGCGCCAGCCAGGAUUGAGGAUUUAGGUAGUCUAUGGAGGGAAUACCCAAAUCAACAGGGACGCCAAAGCGCAAACAGGCCGUGCGGGGUGCGGGGCUGGGGCGGCGCUGCCAGUGCCAGCAGCCAGCGCGGGGCAGGGUUCUGGGGGCUGCCGUCCUCUCCUGCGGCCCUCUGACCCUCCCAGGGGUCCCCCCGCUCCAGGGCUGGCUUAGUCUACUCGGGCCGCAGUGACGGACACCGCAGACUGCGUGGCUGGGAAACAUUUCUUUCUCACUGUUCUGAGGCUGGAGGUCAGACAUCGGGGUGCGUCAGGGUCAGGGUUCCCGUGCCUCCUGGUGCAGACAGCCUUCUCACACUGUCCUCACAUUGAGGGGCCGGGUUGCUCUGUGGGGGCUCCACCCUCAUGACCUCUUCACCUCCCAAAGUUCCCCCCUCCUAAUCCCAUCACAUCUCAACACAGGAAUUGGGGAGGGGGCCAUUCAGACCCCAGCAAGGAGCAGGUGGUGUAUGUAAAUACCCUGGCACACAGUUGGCGUCCCAAAGUGUUGGCAUCCACUGAGGGGACGGCCAGCCCUCCCAGACCAGCUGCGCUUGGAUAGUGGGGUGCCCCCCCUGCCAUUUUCCAAACUGAAACCAAGGGUCCCUGCCCUCUGCCCCAGUCACAUCCAGCACACACCCAGGAUCAGCCUGUCCAGUUAUCUUACCAGCAAAAGACGGAUUUACUUGAAAAUAGGACAGAACGACAAGCCAGGACGAGAGAGCCACGGGAAGCCACGGGCGAGUCCCGAGCACAGAGCAGAGGUGCUCUGUUAUAAGGGGAGGUGGGCGGGCCCUUCUAAACCAGAAGUCCAUUGGAGUGUACACGGGGAGCUGGGUGUGUAGCGGCUUCUCAUUGGCUGGGACGUGACGGUCUCCCAUUGGCUGGGCUGUUGUCGGGGGGAGGAGGAAACCUUCCUUCCUUCUCCUAGGACGGUAGGGUAUCCAUCCACCUGCACCGCCCCUCUCUUCCUCUGGUGAGCGAAAACCUCUCUAAAGCCCUGGUACACAAGGGACGCCGUUUUGGACUUCUUUUAAGUCAGCAUGAGUGUAUAUAACCUUUGCUUAACCACAAACCUGGUUUAUGGCCCACCAAGCAUCCUUGGUACACCUGCUUUGUAAAUGAGUAGCCUAAAGGCAAACCAUCUCGUCCUUAACAUAGGGAUCCAUGCUGCUCCUCCCGGCAUUCCUUGACCUUAGAACUCAUGAUUCCGGCCCAUGUGUUAAUCUAUAAUGUUUUUGAACUUUUACAAGACUGUACCUCUGACCUACUGAUUUGUGGCUCUUUAUGUAAAAAGGUAUAUAAGCCUUGUAAAAACUGUUCAUUCUCUGGAACACUUUCUUCCCUGUGAAGAUCGUGUUUCCCGGGCAGCUGUCCUAAUCUGGGCUUGAAUAAAACUAUUUUCUUCUUGUA